AUAUAGGAUGCGCGGAGAUGGGAUCGAGUCGGCCAGAGCAGCGGUUUUGCCAUCUGAGUAACACCCUCCAUCCAACCUCCUCUGCUCCCCCCGCGCUCGCUCUGCCUUUCCUCCCUCCUCUCCCUCUUCGCUUUUUUAAUUCCCCCUCCGUUUUCCCCCCUCUUUCCUGCACUCGCAUCCUCCACGCCCGCAUUCAUCGCCACCCAGACUCCUGCUCCGGGUGCUGCUGUGGCGCUUCCCCGGACCUGCCUCCACUACCCGCCUGUUGACAGAGGGACACGUUGACUUAAGGGGUCCCAACCUCAGAGGGCACGCUCCAGUCACUCGGCGAUUUUCUUUCUAAGAAAAGCCACCCCAAUCUCUUAAAACCCACCCGGCAAAGUCAAAAGCGACCUCCGGAGCAGCACUCCCCGCCCCCAUCGAGCGCCGCUCGCUCCUGGCCUGGGGGUGGGUGAGGGGGGAGGCCCAAAGCCAUGGAGGUGGCCACGGAUCAGCCUCGUUGGAUGGCCCACCACGCCGUACUCAACGGGCAGCACCCCGAUAGCCACCACCCCGGGCUGGCUCACAACUACAUGGAACCAGCGCAGCUCCUACCUCCAGAUGAAGUCGACGUCUUCUUCAACCACCUGGACUCCCAGGGCAACCCUUACUAUGCCAAUUCUGCCCAUGCCCGGGCCAGGGUCUCCUACAGCCAGGCACACGCCCGCCUGACUGGGAGUCAAAUGUGCCGGCCUCAUCUUAUCCACAGCCCCGGGAUCCCUUGGCUGGACAGCAGCAAGGCGGCACUGUCUGCCCACCACCACAACCCCUGGACUGUCAGCCCUUUCACCAAGACACCCCUGCACCCCUCCGCGGCUGGAGCGCCUGGGGCCAUCUCAGUGUACCCGGGCAGCAGCACCUCCAGCACUGCCUCCGUGUCUUCGCUCACCCCGGCCUCGCACUCCGGAUCCCACCUCUUCGGCUUCCCCCCAACCCCUCCCAAGGAAGUGUCCCCAGACCCCAACUCUACCAGCGCCACCUCUCCUUCUUCCUCCGCCGGGACUCGGCAGGAGGACAAAGACAGCAUUAAGUACCAAGUGUCGCUGUCAGAGGGGAUGAAGAUGGAGAGUGCCAGCCCACUCAGAAGCAGCCUCACCAGCAUGGGGGCCCAGCCCUCUACCCACCACCCCAUCCCCACCUACCCCUCCUACGUGCCGGCUGCCCAUGACUACAGCAGCAGCCUCUUCCACCCAGGCAGCUUUCUGGGGGGGCCCGCGUCCAGCUUCACUCCCAAGCCACGAAGCAAGGCCAGGUCAUGUUCGGAAGGCAGAGAGUGUGUGAACUGCGGAGCCACUGCUACCCCUCUCUGGAGAAGAGAUGGCACCGGGCAUUACCUUUGUAACGCCUGUGGGCUCUACCACAAAAUGAACGGUCAAAACCGACCUCUCAUUAAACCUAAGAGAAGGCUGUCAGCGGCCAGGAGAGCAGGGACUUGUUGUGCCAACUGUCAGACAACCACCACAACCUUAUGGCGACGAAAUGCAAACGGGGACCCAGUUUGUAAUGCCUGCGGACUCUACUAUAAAUUACACAAUGUGAACAGGCCUCUGACCAUGAAAAAGGAAGGAAUCCAGACCAGGAAUAGGAAAAUGUCCAACAAAUCAAAGAAAAGCAAGAAAGGCUCUGAGUGUUUUGAGGAACUGUCCAAGUGCAUGCAGGAAAAGUCAUCUCCCUUCAGUGCUGCUGCCCUUGCCAGUCACAUGGCACCCAUGGGGCAUUUGCCCCCUUUCAGCCAUUCUGGACACAUCCUACCAACACCUACCCCCAUCCACCCAUCUUCCAGCAUCUCAUUUGGACACCCACACCCAUCCAGCAUGGUUACAGCCAUGGGAUAAGAGAUGACAAAGAGACCCAUCCAGAUAUUAAGAACAUGUGACUUUGCCUAAGAUGACACCAAGUAAGACAACGUUCUGCCAAGAGGAGAAUGUAGGGAUUGCAAAAGGAGACUUUUGCUCCCAUGUGGUUUAACUCUUAAUGCUGGACUAAAACCUUGCAAAUGAUGCGUCUUCUGCAGAAAUGUGUAGUGGUGCCUGUAAUGCACUUUGCCCCCUCAGGUAUAAGAAAAAAGAACUCACCUGUUCGAUACUUAACAGUCCAGCAGGAAGCAAAAGAUGGCAGAAGCUGAAGGAGGAGGCUUGGAACUGGCUUUCCUUUCUCUCUUUGUUAUUACUGUGAAUAUUGUUAAGUGAUAAGCAGCCUCCCAGGAUGGAAUUGGCUCACUGGGAGCCAGACAUGCUGGAUUUCUAUUGCCGGACUCCAUUUGGGAUAGAGGGUUAAAAAACAAAACAAAACAAAACAAAACAAAACAAAACAAAACAAAACAAAAAAAAAAAAAAAAAAAAAAAAAAAAAAAAAAAAA